AUGCACCCCAACCCGCCCGAGUUUUUGAUGGAAGUCGCUGGCAAGACCUGGGCUGAAGUUACGGGAUCCAUCGAGUACGAAGGAAAUCAAAGGUUGUUGGAAACUGUUUUGAUCCCGAAGGAAUACGACAACGAGUUCAAAAGUGUUUCCAACUUCAGGUAUGUGUAAUAUGGACAAAAUUCCGGAAAGUGAUAUAGAAAAAGGUUCUAUAAUUUAAAUAUCUGCAGCAAGAGUCUAAUUGCGGACAAAACAGAGGAGUAUUGGUAUAGAAAAGUGUGUCUUGAUGAAAACGGCAAUUUAAAUUAUGAAAAGAUAGAUUAAAAUGUAAAAGUCAUCGCUUUUGAAGCUGAUUUUAUGUAAAUACCCGUGAAUUUAAUCAAAAAGAUAUCUACCCCCGCUUUCAGACGUGCCCUGGAUCGCCCAAUUCCUCGCCCUCAAAUCGUAGUAUAA